AUGGACCAAGUUGAUCUCGACGCACAAUCUCCGACGAAUAAAUUGCGCAGAGGAAGGCACGCCGCUUCGUACUGGCCACUCUGGGCCUCGAGAGUACCAGCCGACGGAACCGGUGCCAGUGAUUCCUAUUGGAAGGCCAAUCCUCGAGCAACGCAUUCCGUUCCGCGUGGUCACGAGCAGAGGAGGCAAGAGUACCGGACUACGGAGCCGGUGACGAGCUGCUACUCGGCUUCGAACACCUACAGACCGAGACAUCGAACUCAAACCCCUGUACCACCGAAGCCACCACACGUCGCCACUUCGGAUCAAACUUACAGGGUCUCUCAGCACAGCUCGCGAACAGCCCGGAACAAAUUGUUGACGACGAACAACGUUGCCGUUGUUAGAAAACCGUACAAGGACGAACCCGAGGAGUACGAGGAGACGAAGUACGGCGAAACGGGCAUCAAUUAUGCCGAGGAGAAUGCCGACGAAGAUGCUGCCGACGAUGUCGACGAGGAUCAGGAAGAGGCCUUUGAGUUCAACGAAAAGGACUACGAAGAGCAGGAAGCUGACGACGAGGUUGACGACGAAUCGGACGCGUUUCAGGCCCAAUUACAUCGCGUGCAACAGAAGCUUGUGCAGAAAGCGCCGACUCUCAGGACGCAGCAUCAACGUCACGCGGAGCAUCACCGCGAUUUUCGGAAAGCUCAGCAUCAGCAGAGUCCAGUUCAAAAAAUGUACCCUGAUCAAAAACAGCCGAGGUUUUACUCUCGCGACUUGGAACCGCAACAGCCGAUUAUUGCCAACGACACGUCGUACGGCGAUGCUGCGGACACAAUAACCGACGAAGAUCGAACGCCGCCAUUGACGCCUACGAGAAGAUCUUCGUCGCGAAGGACGUCGGAGACUCACCACGGCAUCCCGCCAUGGAUUUCGGCGAGAAAAUCCCUGGAUCGAAAUCGUGACCGAGUAGCCUCACCUAUGAUUCCAGCGCAGCAUCAGCAUCGGCAGCACCAUCAUCAACAUCAGCACCAGCAGCAUCAGCAGAUCCGAGGACACAGAAUAGCUAAGCCAGAAAUUGAGUCUCUGAUGAUGCCCGCGCAUCAGUCAAACGCCACGACGAGAAAAUGCUCCAUUUGUAGAGGAUCGACGGCUCCAAUUACCGCUAAAGUCGGCUCGUCCACAAAGGGAAACUGCAGACUCCAAGAGUACAGAGCGUUCACCAUUAAAGGACCCCGAGGUGAGGACGCCGAGGCCGAAGAACAGAUAGUGUGCCCUCAUUGCGCAAGGAGGUACAAUUUGCUGGAUGAUUUUCGGACGGGAUGCGAUCCGGCUACUCACGAGGCUCCACCAUCACCUUACUUUGGCAGACCUCAUCGCUCCCAAGCUCAGCGCUCAUCGGCGUAUAACGACUACACCGAGAACAAUUUGGCCGUAGACGAAAUGCUGGCUCCUUACACUUCGGGUCAACCACGAUCCAGCAUCACGGACUGUCCCGUUCCACACAGGGAGAGGACCCGGCACUCGAUGCAAUCGGCCAGAAGCCCUUUUCGCGGUGAAAGUUAUUACGAACCAUGAUUAAACGAGGGGGUCACCUGCUUCAGUUUUGCCGACGUGUAAGCAGUGCGAGACAUGGCGGACGAGUUGAAUGAACUUCGAAAAUAGUUGGAAAAAAUUUAUAGUCACCUGUUUGUCUUCGUCUGGCUGAUUCUCGAAAGUCCUCUGACGAUGAUUCUGAUGUAGGGUACGAAAGGUCGACCGCGUCUCGUGAUGUUUCAUGUCGGCAAGUUGAAGCUGAAUUUAGGGAAAGAUUUUGAAAAAUUAAAUACGACAAUAUGAAA